AUGGCUAACAUGGGAAAGACGUUCAGCUCAAUUUUUGUAGUCUUGCUCCUGAAGCUUCCUCUUCUUUUGUGCAAUUCUACUGAAAGCAUGUGCUUUUGGAGAGUAAAAUUCAAUGAAAACAGUGAUGGGGACUUGCCACAGGACUGUGCUUUUCUCCUUUACACAGCUGAGGAACCUGCACCAAAAGACUUUUUCAAGUAUCUCCUUGAAGUACGUUUGCCUCCCAAAAUAUACCAGUAUGUUCUAUCAUUGUAUUUUGCUAUGGAUGAGAUCAAUAGUAACCCGUACCUUUUACCCAAUGUGUCUCUGGGUAUUGCAUAUUUUGAAGGUAAAUGCAAGGGUUAUUUAUCAUUAUUCACUCAUCUAAAUAUAGUGACAAAAUAUCUUUACCCUCUUCCUAAUUACAUCUGUGAUGUGAGUGCCUGUGUGAUGGCACUUACGGGCCCACUGUGGAGAACAUCUGCCCAAGUGGCAUCAAUCCUACAGAUCAACCUUAUCCCACAGAUUACCUAUGGACCAUUCCACCCUCUCCUGAAUGACCAAGACAAGUUUCCUAAUCUGCAUCAAAUUGCCUCCAAAGACAGAUUCCUGUCUGAAGCCAUGGUAUCCUUGUUGAUACAUUUCAGCUGGAUGUGGGUGGGACUGGUCAUCCAAGAUGAUGACCAAGGUAGACAAUUUCUCUUAGACGUAAGAGAAGAAAUGCAAAGAAAUGGAGUCUGUGUAGCCUUUGUAAAUAUGAUCCCAGAGAACAUGCAGUUAUUCAUGACAAGGGUUGAGAAAUAUUACCACCAAAUCAUUACAUCAUCAGCAAAUGUUGUAAUCAUUUAUGGGGAAGUGAACUCUACUCUAGAAGUGAGUUUUAAACACUGGGAAUAUUUAGGCACACAGAAAACCUGGGUCAGCACCUCACAAUGGGAUGACAUCACAAGGGAGAGUGACUUCAGCCCUACUGCAUUCCACAGGACUUUCACUUUUUCACAACAUCAUGGAGGUAUUUCUGCUCUUCCUAAUUUCUUGGACAGAAUGAAGUUCUCUAAGGACACACAUUAUUUUUCUCCUGAAAGACUGGGGUGGAUGUACACCAACUGUUCAAUAUUGAAAUCUAACUGUAAAACACAGAGUCAUUGUACAUUCAAUAACACAUGGGAAUUGGUAGCAUGGCACAGAUUUGACAUGGCCAUAAAUGAUGAGUGUUACAAUAUAUAUAAUGCUGUAUAUGCUGUGGCCCAUGCCCUCCAUGAAAUGCUUCUUCAAGAAAUAGAUUUUCUGCAAAGGAAAAAUGUGAGCGCACUAAUGAAUGAGUGCAUUCAGAUACAUGCUUUCCUUAAGAACAUGCACUUUUCUAAUCCUAUUGGAGACAAAGUGAACAUUAAUGAGAAAACAAAAACAGAUGCAGAGUAUGACAUCCACAUAAUUUGGAAUUUUCUACAAGGUCUUGGAAUGAAGGUGAAAAUAGGGCAUUUUUCCCCAUAUUUUCCACAAGGUCAAAAACUGUAUUUAUCUGAGGACAUGAUUCAAUGGGCUACAGUGAGUAGGCAGAUACCCCCUUCUGUAUGCAGUGUGAGCUGUGCUCCUGGAUUUAAAAAAUCCCACUCAGAAGGAAAAGCAUCCUGCUGUUUUGAUUGUUCCCCCUGUCCUGAAAAUGAGAUUUCAAAUGCUACAGGUAACCUCAAGCUGUGGGGGAAAUGUCUAUACAGACUUACUGUCUUCUCUCACCCGAAAGGGACG